AGGACCAACCGGCGUCUUCGGUCCCGCAGUGUCCGAUUUUAGUGUCCGGUACUCGGCUUCGGAGGAGGAGAGGACGGACUGGGUGGUGUUUGGACAGAUCGAGGAAGAGGUGGAGGACAUGAGGGCGACAGGAAGUGCUGCGUGUCUGCGUCAAAUAUCUUGAAUGAUGGUGCCUCUUUAUCUUUAUAAACACAAGCAGAAAUGUGAGAGAUAAAAGCCACAAAAAAAAAGAGAGUUUGUGUCGCAUUGAGCCCAAGUGAGACCAGCCUUUGAUUGUGAUUCACCGACAUGAGCUCGCUCUUUUUCCCCGAUGCUCCGCCGCCUCCAGCCCCGACCGGCGGCGGCCAAGCCCCGGCGGGGACCAGCGCCCUGCGGAACGACCUGGGCUCCAACAUCCACGUCCUCAAGACCCUGAACCUGCGCUUCCGCUGCUUCCUGGCCAAAGUCCACGAACUGGAGCGACGGAACCGGCUGCUGGAGAGCCAGCUGCAGCAAGCCCUGCAGAGGCCGCAGUACCGCGGGCUCUACGGCCGGGAGGUGGCCGUGCAGACGGACGGGGGUCAGGAGUCCCGGCUGCCGGGGACCAUGUGGACGUUCACCCACGUGCGGCGGCAGGGGGAGCGCGUGGAGACCCUGCGCGGGCCCGGGGUGACGUGGACGCACCCGGACGGGGUGGGGGUCCAGAUAGACACCAUCACGCCGGAGCUGAGGGCUCUGUACAACGUGCUGGGCAAAGUGAAGCGGGAGAGGGCCGAAUACAAGAGGAGAUGGGAGGAGGAGCUGUCCAAACGCGAGCAGCUGGAGUCUGCGGUGGAAAACCUGCACCAGCGGGCCAGAGAGUCAUCUGAGAUUCAUGACGAAAUGAACGAAAAGGUGGAGCGACUGAAGGCGGAACUGGUGGUCUUCAAAAGCCUGAUGAGUGAUCAAAUGUCUGACCUGGACUCCAAGAUUCAGGAGAAAGCCAGACGGGUGGACAUGGACAUCUGCAGACGCAUCGACAUCACGGCCAAACUGUGCGAUGUGGCGCAGCAACGCAACUCUGAAGACAUGUCCAAGAUGUUCAACGUCAGCCCGGCCAGAUCGCUGCCAGAGAGGUCCCAGGGGGCCAUGGCGUGCUGCAAGGCGAAAGAGCGCAAAGUGGUGCCCGACGAGGAGGUCACAGACAUGGACGCAGAGCCGAGCCCUUCAGAGGAGGAGGAGACACUCAACAUCACGGACGAAAUGAAGCGCAUGCUUAACCAGCUACACCCUUCAGAUAACCCCUCUGUUGCUAGGCGCGAGACCUUUGAGCUGGACGACGACUGUGACAGUCUAACGUGGGAGGAGAAUGAAGAGACGCUGCUGCUAUGGGAGGACUUCGCCAACUACAACGUGCCGUGUGGCCUCACCGCGCCGCCCAGCACCAACGCCUUACCGGGAGACGGCACCGAAGCGGAACCCAAUGAUAAAAGUCUGGGCAGCCUCAUCGAUGAGACAGAGUCGCUUUUCAAGAACAGAGAGAAGGAAUACCAGGAAACCAUUGGACAGAUUGAGGAGGAGUUGGCCACGGCGAAGAGCGACAUGAACCGACACCUGCACGAGUACAUGGAGAUGUGCAGCAUGAAGAGGGGCCUGGACGUGCAGAUGGAGACGUGCCGGCGCAUGAUCAAAGGCGGCAGGACCUCGCCGUCGUUCAGCUCUGUGGCCAGCAGCGAUUCAGGGAACACCGACGAGAUCCAGGACGAGAUUUCGGACAAAGAUGGAGACGCCGAAGUCCCCGUUAGUUGAUGACGGCUCUGUCGGGAAGUUCUGAGUGGCUUUGCUCACAGAAUUGGUGCUUUUCUAACAAUUUGGUUUCGACGCAGAUGGUGGGGGUUAAUGUAAAAAAAAAAAGGAGUGCUCUUUUCCUUUCUGGAUAUUGAAUUGAAAACUCACAAUUCCUUGUGGCUCAGCGCUCAUAUUUUUUCAGGUCGCUGUUUUGUAGAAACGGCAAAGACAAGGAUAUUAGGAGGUGUAGCAUCAGAGACGUAAAAGGCAGGAGUCAGGGGUCCGAGGUGUCUCACGUCCUCCGCCCUGUUGUGUUGGAAGCAAUUGUUGCUGUCCGGUAAUAUUUUAUACGCCACAACAGAAGCUGUCGUCAUGUAAAUGUUGGUUCUUUUCUUAGGACCUGAUUAUGCAGGAUAGCAGUGUAGAACAGGGGUGUUCAAACUUCUCCACAUUGGGCCGCAUACUGAUAAAAUAAAGGGGAUACUUUUUCAUUUUGUAAAAAAAAAAAGGCUAAAGAAAAUUGAAUGUGCUAAAAAGUAAUAUACUGUAUAUUAAAAGAAAAACAACCUGCAUGUGAGCUUUGUGUUAAGAUUUCAACUUUUUAUUUUUUCAUUGAGCAUUUAUGCUCUUUUCUCCCCUAUAUUUGCUGAUGCUUUUUAGCACAGUAUACAUUUGUUUUAAGCACAUGCUGCACUUUGGACACCCCUGACAUAUAGGGAGAGGAUGAGAAUAUUUUCAGUUUUUGCAGUUACUGUCAGCUUGCAUUGGGGCCAAAUGGUGCAGUGACCAACCAGAUCCAGCAGAUGGAGCUGCAUGUGCAUUGAUAUGUGCUCUUUUGAUUGCUACUAAUAAGUUUGCCUGUUUUUGAGUUGAAGCGUGGAAGGAUAAAAAGGGUCAAAGUCAAAUGUUCCGAGGAAACGCACCAAAGAGGAACAUUUUGUAUGAAUGCGUCAGUGCACUACUGAACUUCUAUGCAAUGUAGCUGGUCUUGCGUAUAUAGACUAGCCUGUUUUAUUUUGUUGUUUUCUCCUAAAAACCUUUACAGUUAGCCUUUUAACCAAAGCAGGUGUUUUUUCUACAGCACAUUUUAUUUGCUUCUCCCGUUCUAUCUCCCUAUUCAUGAGAAU